CUUAUGUGAUGUACUGGUUGGACGCUGCUCUCUGUGCAGGUGUCAACAUCAAACACAUACACUGCUUACAUCUGGGACAGGUCUCACAUCUGGUUUUCUUUAGCUAAAGGCAAAGAAGAAGAACAACACACAAUGUUCAGACGAAUUUUACAAAUGACUCCUGGAAAAGGAGGCUCCCAGACACCGGAGUCUGAACAGCCGUCUGCUGACAUAAAUAAUGAGACUUCAGAGGAGACAGGCACAAGAGAGGUUGGAGGAGAUGAAGGAAAGGACAUAGGAGGCAGAGGAAAGGAGGUAGCAGAUAAACGGGCAGAGGAUGGAGGUAGGCCUAGUGGGGGAGAGCCCGCUGUUGGAGAUAGAGGAGGAGAUGGAGGAAGACGAGCAGAGGCUGGAAAUUCACAGGGCUUCAUUUGCCCACAGUGUAUGAAGUCUCAUAACUCGGCCGAGGAGCUUUUCAAGCACUACGAAGUUUACCAUGAGUCCCAGGAGCAGCCGUCUCAUCUCAGCUCCGGGAGGGAGGACUUGGCUCUUUUGCGACAAGAAGUGCAGGAUUUACAAGCGUCACUGAAGGAAGAGCGAUGGUUUUCAGGAGAACUGAAAAAAGAACUAGACAAAGUGCAAGGACAACUGAAGCAAGGACCUCAGAACGACGGCCCAGUUGGCGUAGAAGAAUCCGAGCUGGAGAUGAAACUCCAUGAGGCUGAGACCGAAAAGUUCAACAUCAAGCAGAUGAAAGACCUGUUUGAACAGAAGGCAGCCCAGCUGGCCACUGAGAUUGUAGAUGUCAAGUCACGCUAUGAUGAGGAGAAGAGCCUAAGGGAGGUGGCUGAGCAGAAAGUGACCAGCCUGCAGCAGGACCUGCAGAGAGAGAGACAGGAAAAAGACAAACUACAGACAGAACUGCUUCAGAGACCAGGAGUGGAGGAUGUGGAGGUGUUGAAGAGGGAGCUGGUGCAGGUGCAGACGCUGAUGGACAACAUGACUCGUGAAAGAGAGGAGGAGUCUGCACGGCUCAGAAACGAAUAUGAACAGCUGCAGAGGAAUUUCACUACCUCAGAGACAACGAUCUCCCAUCUAAAGGCGGAACUGGAGAAGGGUCCACAGGAAGUUGCUGUGUACACACAACAGAUCCACCAACUACAGAGCAAUCUGGACAAUCUUCGCCAACAGAGCCAGAUGCUCUCAGCAAAGCUGACACGAAGGGAGAAGGAGAACCAAGAGCUGGAGGAGCGCCUGAGCCAGGAGCAGGUAUCCAAGAAAAAUCUGCAGGCCAGCCUUCACCAAAAGGAGUUGGAGCUGCAGGAGAGCCAAGCACGCGCAUCAGCAGGAGAGGCCUCCCUCAGUCGGGCCCAGGCUGAGUUAACCGAGCGUGGGGAAGAGUUGGGGCGCCUCAGAAAGGAGCUUGCUGAGCUUGAGAAGAACCACCAGGAUCUGAAAGCUGAGCGCAAGCAACUCCAGCAACAGAGGGAGGAGCGAGAGAGCCAGGGCCUGCAGCAGCAGAGUGAGAUCAGCCAGCUGCAUGGGAAGCUUCUGGAGGCGGAGCGCCAGCUGGGCGAGGUGCAGGGCCGGCUGAAGGAGCAGAGGCAGCUCUCCGGAGAGAAACUCAAAGACCGUGAGCAGCAGGUUGCUGAAUAUCAGAUCAAACUUUCCCGGUUAGAAGAACAGCUAAAAGAGAACACUACCAAGUCCACUGACCUGCAGCACCAGCUGGACAAAUCCAAACAGCAACAUCAAGAGUUACAAGCUCUCCAGCAGAGUACGAACGGCAAGCUACGAGAAGCACAGAAUGACUUGGAGCAGGUGCUGCGUCAGAUCGGCGAUAAGGACCAGAAGAUCCAGAAUCUGGAGGCCCUGCUGCAGAAAAGCAAAGCCAGCCUAAGCCAACUGGAAGCUGAAAGAGAAGACCUUUGUGCCAAGAUCCAGGCAGGAGAGGGGGAAGCUGCUUUACUUAACCAACUUCAGGAAAAGAACCACACCCUACAGGAGCAGAUAAGUCAGCUGACGGAAAAACUGAAAAACCAGUCAGAGAGUAAUAAACAAGCCCGAGAGAACCUCCAUGAGCAGUUACAAGAGCAGAAGAGCCAGCUGCGCUCAGCACAGGACCGCUGCCAGUCCCUGGAGAGUAACAUAACAGACCUCACUGCCCAACUCACCCAGAACAAGGAGAGACUUGCCCAGCUCGACACCCAGAUAAAGGCGAAAACAGAGAUGCUGCUGUCAGCUGAAGCAGCAAAAACUGCCCAGAGAGCAGAUCUAGAGAGCCAUCUUGAAACAGCCCAGCAUGCAUUGCAAGACAAGCAGCAGGAGGUGAGUAAGGCUCAGGCUCAACUCGAGGAACAAGGCCAUCGGCUGCAGGAGAAGCAGGAGCAGUGUUUGCAACUAGAGGCCAUUCUGAAGGAGAUCAGAGAGAAGCUGCUGACUGCGGAGCAGACGACUGACACCCUAGAGAGCCAGGCUAAGAAAGCAGAAGCUGAGUUAGCGGAGCUGCGCUCGGGUAAGGAACAAGCGCAGAAGGCGCAGCAGAGACAGCAGCAGCAGCUUAGUGAGCUGGAGAAGAGGAAUAAGGAGCUCAGUCGCCAGCUGGACACUGAAAAAGAAGGAGCUGCAACUCUGCAGGAGGAGCUGCAGAAGAAGAGCUCAGCUUUGGGAGGUGCACAAAAGCAUGUGGAGAAGUUGGAGCAGGAGCAGAGUGACCUUAAGGCAAGACUAGAGAAACUCACUGAGGAAGGACGCAUGCAAAAGGUGGAGCUGGAGAAGACGCUACAAGGGAUGAGCACAGAGCACCAAAAAACCCAGCAGGAGAGAGACGCACAGGCUAAAGAGCUGCAGAAGGUGAAAGAGGCUCUAAGUAAGGCUUUCACAUCCCUGAAGGAGUGUCAGACCCAGCUGGAGAAAGAGAAGAGGAGCAGUAUAGCAGCUCUGGACGAGAAGGAGAAAGCUCACCAGAAGGCCCAGCAGGAGCUUCAUAAGAGUGUCGAAGCAACAGUUAAAGAACUGAGCACAGUCAAAGCUCAGCUGGGGAAAAUGGCAGAGGCGGAGAAGGGGCUUCAGGCACAGCUGAAAGAGCUGAGUGCCCAAUUGAAGCAGUCUCAGGAUGCACUGAAGGAGAAGGAGAAGGACAACCAGCAGAUCCAAACACAGCUAAAGACAGCCCAAGGAUCCUUCAAUGAGGAAGUGAAAAAACUCCAGAGCCAAGUGGCAGGCCUGCAGACCGCUCAGACAAAGAAGGUGGAGGAGUUGACUAAGCUGAAGGAGCAGAUGACUGUGCUGUCUGAACAGCUGGGUUCAGAGAAAAGCCGCAGUGCAGAGCUGCAGAAAACCUGUGACAGCACCAAGGAGAGCUUGGCCAAACUCCAGUCUGACUAUUAUGGCAAGGAAUCUGAAGUCUCUGCUCUGCGCCAGGACCUCAAGGUACGUGAGGAAAAGCUAGCUCUGACUCAGGAGGAACUGGUGGCCAGCACCAACCAGCUGAACAGUCGCGAGGUCCAAAUCCAGGAGUUAAAAACAGAACAUGCAGCACUGAAGAAAGACUUAAAGAAGAGGGACGAGAAGCUCAAACAGCAGGAGGAGGCUCUCCGAGAACUACAGAAGCAGCAGGAGCUGAUGCAGGAGGAGCUAAAGAAGGAGCGUUCUCGGGUGGAGGAGAUGAAGGAGGCUCAGAGUGGGCUAGAGAAAGAACGGAACAGGCUAAACGCUGAACUCAAAGCUCUGGCAGAAAAGAGUGAGAAGGAACUAAAGGACCUGCAGGCAGCGAAACAGCUCUUGCUUCAGCAGAAAGUAGAUCUACAGGGCCGAGUGGAAGCGAUCCAGGCAACGCUCGAGCAGGAAAAGAAAGCGCAUCAGAACACCCGCGAGUCCAUCACACAAUCACAACAGCAGCACAAAGCAGAGACUGAAAAGCUGCAUAAACAACUGACAUUGGAAGCGAAGGCUAAAGAGGAGGUGGAGAAGCGGAAGGAAGAGGCUGAGGCAAAACUCACGAUGCAGGUUUCUGCGCUUAAUGAGAAUGUUGCCACAUUGAAGCGGGAGUGGCAGAGCAGUCAGCGACGUGUGAGCGAGCUGGAGAAACAGAUAGAUGAAUUGCGUGGAGAGAUAGCUGUGCUUGAGGCCACUGUGCAGAACAACCAAGAUGAGAGACGUGCCUUGCUUGAGAGGUGUGUGAAGGAUGAGGGCGAGAUAGAGAAGUUACAAGCCAAAGUGGUGGAGAUGAGGAGAAAACUAGACGACACCACAGCAGCUAUGCAGGAGCUGGGCCGAGAAAAUCAGUCCUUACAGAUAAAGCAGUCACAGACCCUCACACGGAAGUGGGCAGAGGACCACGAGGUGCAGAACUGCAUGUCCUGUGGGAAAGGCUUCUCUGUCACCAUCCGGAAGCACCACUGCCGUCACUGCGGGAACAUCUUUUGUGCCGAGUGCUCAGCCAAGAGCGCCCUGACGCCGUCCUCUAAGAAGCCAGUGCGGGUAUGCGAGGCCUGCUACGAGGAGCUGCAGGGCUAACCGUCCUCUCCCAGCCUGCUGCUCUGCCACACACUCGCCAUGAACUCUUCCUGCACAGGACAGCAGCCUUCCCAAACUCUGGGAGCAGGAGUGGCAGAGCUGCAGGAAUGAAUGAGGACUGGCCAGAUUUGAUCCGCUCACUGGGCAUGAGGUGACCUGAGAGAGUGAGACGCUGGAGUCCUCACCCGAGCAGUGCCUUGGUCACCUCUAGGGCCAUUUGGGGUUCCAAAGAAUCUAAAAGGGAAAGUAGUGCAGUAUUUUAAAGUGUUCAUUUCUAAUGGAAUGUGUGUUGGAUGAGAUUUCUCACAUGCUUUGUGCUUUGGGUACCAGGCUGGAAGAUUUGUAUCUCGAGCUUUUUCUCUUCUGAACAAAGCAGUAGUGAAUCUGCCAGAGUGGCAUCCAGACUGCGAGUGUUCUGUACAGGCUUCACGGACAGGUCAGGUUAGUGCACCCAGGCAAGAAGAAAGCAAAGAGGUGUGAAAAAUCACAUCGCAAACUAAUACCACUUUUCCAGCUGACAGCAUGAUUGAUCGUUGUUAUUAAUCUGAAUCUGGAAUUAUUCAGUCAAGUACUAUUUUUCCACUGCCUAAUGGUACUUGUGAAAGUAGGAGGAGUUAACCAGAGGUUGUGAGGCGGUGACCAUUUCCCCUACAAUGCAAUUACGGUGAACACUAUCAGCAGCAGGAAUGCGAAAGCUUCAAGGUGUGAUUUAACAUGAAUAUUUAAUAAGAAUAUUUACUUGUGAUUUGGUUUUAUGUGAAGAGACAGCAAGCGUUUACAUAGGAAGCAGACACUAAUAGUGAAUAGUGCUGUUCCAUACAGCCUGGCAGAAAAGCCAUUAUAACUGUCUGUAUUUCUUUGACUCAAGUGAUGACACGUGACACCUCUCUCUCUCUCUCUCUCUCUCUCUCUCUCUCUCUCUCUCUCUGCAUUUGACCGAUCAGUGUGGCCUGUACCUUUUCCAGCGUCACCCUCGUUUAGUACCCUGGCAAGAAGGGUAACCAAAUUCAGUCCUGGUACAUUGUGUUGCAUAAGUAUUCACCCCCUUGAACAUGUUUUGUAGUGUUGCAGCGGGGGCGUGGUCAAGCGCCGGU